UCGAUCCUAUUCUCGUGUCGAACCUUCCCUUUAAGAUUUCCGUUUAUUCUCGUUUCUACCUCCAAUUCUUCCCCUUUCAACAAUCUCCUGUGAUGGCUUUGGACGCGAACGAGAAGAGUUAUAUUCUGGACGCGAGAAGCAAUUACGAAGAUGGUGGCAGUCUUGGUUCAGAGGAAUCUUACGAUGACAUGAGGCAACUUGUCGGGGAAAAGAAGGAAGAAUCAGGGAAAUUCAGUAGCCUGCCCCUGGCCAGUUUUAAUUUCAUCAAUUCCAUUAUCGGCAGUGGUGUUAUUGGUAUACCCUAUGCUCUUCAUCAGGCUGGAUUCGGUCUUGGGAUAGUAUUACUAAUACUGGUGGCAGGCCUUACUGAUUACUCUUUAAUUUUAAUGGUUAGGAGUGGCAACAUCUGUGGUGAAAUGAGCUACCAGGGUUUAAUGAGAGCCAGUUUUGGUCGUACGGGAUUUUAUAUUCUUACAACUCUACAGUUCAUUUAUCCGUUCAUAGCGAUGGUCUCUUAUAAUGUGGUCGUCGGCGACACGGUGACGAAAGUGCUAAUAAGGGUAACAGGGAUAAGUGAGACAAACAUUUUUGCUCAUCGUCAAGUGGUCGUUUUCUUCGCAACGCUUUACAUCACUAUACCACUGUGUCUUUAUAGAAACGUGGCUCGUCUAGCUAAGAUCUCUUUCCUUUCAUUGGUCUGCGUUGGUUUCAUACUUUUGGCGAUCUUAAUACGGAUGAGUACGAUGUCAGCAAUUGUGCCAAGCCAAGAAGAUAGUUGGCGAUUCGCGAAUUUUCCCGGCAUAAUUCCAUCCGUUGGAAUUAUGGCAUUCGCCUUUAUGUGCCACCAUAAUACAUUCCUCAUCUACGAAUCUAUAGAAAGAGCUACUCAACAAAAAUGGGACGUCGUCACUCACUGGUCACUCUUCACAUCCUUCUUAAUCGCAACAGCCUUUGGAAUCAUUGGCUACGCCACGUUUACCGCAUACGUUCAAGGUGAUCUUAUGGAAAAUUAUUGCUGGGACGAUGAUCUGAUGAACUUUGCGAGAGUCAUGUUCAGCGGGACUAUUCUUCUAACCUUUCCCAUCGAAUGCUUCGUCACAAGGGAGGUAAUAAUGACAGCGAUCAAAGGAACCGACGAGCUUGAGGACCAUACCGCGUACAUUCCCAAUUCCGACCGGAAGUACUUGAUAAUCACUCUAUCGAUAGUCGUGGUCGCUUACCUGAUCUCGAUGUCCACGGAUUGCCUUGGAGUGGUCCUCGAAUUGAAUGGCAUCCUCGCUGCUGUACCGUUAGCUUACGUUCUUCCUGCUUUGUGCUACCUCAAACUCGAAGAUGGACCAAUUCUUUCAUCAAAGAAGCUUCCAGCGUUAGGAUUGAUGUCUGCUGGAGUGUUCGCCGCGGUCUCCGGCUUCCUGUUACUGAUCCUCAACAGGGAUACUUCCAGCUCCUGCGUGCAUGGAAAGGUAAUGCCGUAUUGUAUCGAUGUCUCGAAUAGUACGAGUUUCAAUUCGAGCAUCCCAAGUAUUAGUCCGAUGUAA